AUGGGAGACACCAGGAAUGGAAUUAUGAACGAAAUCGUCCGGUGGGGUAAUGCCAACGGGGACAAGAUCUCAGAGGCCUACGGUUUCAUCGGCGGAUGGGAAGGAUGGGUCCAAGUCGAACUCGCUAUCGCAUUCAAAAAAGCCUUUCCCGGCAUCACCAUCUCUCGCGAAGACGCCGUCUAUCAAGGCAACAACCAACGAUCGGAUAUUCUAUUCACUACCAGGAACCCCACGCUUUUUACGAACAUGCUCGAGUUGAAGUGUGAGACUUCAAGAGCUGGUGGAGCUGCUGCGUUUGCUGCUGCUGCUCAGGCAGAUUGUACGAAGGUGAAUAAUGGGCUGAUUAAUCAACGGCUUAUUCCUUGCAAGGCGUGGGUUAUUGCGUUUAGUGUGACGAGGAAUUUGACGAAUUUGACGGUGGGAGAGCCGGGGCAUCAGAGGAAUUUGAGGGCGUAUCCGGAUACGAUACGUGCAGGCAAUCAUACUAUUACGUUGUAUUGGGGGUGGAAGGAUUUUGCUUGA